AUGGCUGGUUUGCAGAGUUCAAAUAAGCAUUUUACCGAUUCAUCUAACACCAAUCCUGCAUUAACAACUGCCAGCACUCAUUACCCGCAACCUCCACGACACCCAACAACGCCGACCUCUCCGGCUCCUCCACUCUCCAACACCACGACGCCUCUAAAGAGCUCUCCCGAAACCCCACGAAGCAACAAAGGUAAUAACAACACCUCACCUUCCAACCCCACCACGACGACAAACACAAGCACCAACUCCUCCAGCAACCCAACUUCUCCAGCUGGUCCACGUUCAUUAACCUCGACGGCGACUCAGACCACUCCACAACCGCACUCGGCUUUUUCUCCAUACAAUCAGGUUCCACCGCACCCCACACCUGUGACCACUCCCACCUCAACAAAGAACUCAAUCUCACAACCGGAGCCCCCAACAAUGAUGACUACCUCUCACUUGGACAACAGUGGUAGCACCACCUUGAUUUACCCACCACAACACACACACUUCAACCCCACCACGACUCCCUUCUGGCCCUCGUGGAACUUCAACAACGGUAGCCCCGCUAACGGCGCCGCCGUCCUAUCAGCCACUGGCGGCAGUGCAUUCGUGCCCGCCGUUGGAUACGGUGCCGGCUCGAACAUGGCGCCCGGUCACAAUCCUCGACCGAAGCUCACCACCACCAUAUGGGAGGACGAGGGAACGCUAUGCUAUCAGGUUGACGCCAGGGGCAUUUGCGUGGCUCGAAGGCAAGACAAUAACAUGAUCAACGGGACAAAGUUGUUGAAUGUCGUAGGAAUGUCGCGCGGAAAGCGAGACGGUAUCCUCAAGAAUGAGAAGGGAAGGGUUGUCGUAAAAGUGGGCGCCAUGCACCUCAAAGGUGUUUGGAUCACCUUUGCGCGAGCAAAGACUUUGGCCACCCAAUUCAAGAUCAGCGAACUGCUCUAUCCAUUGUUCGUGGAUGAUCCCAGCGUCUUCCUUCACAAUUCGUACGGACAAUCGAUGACGAGGAUUCCGGCAUUGAACAACGGCUCGGCAUCACAAUGGAGACCAACUCAUCCCUACGCCAACAAUUUCAAUAGCACCUCAUACACGCCUGAAACGACGCGUCAAUGGUAUCCAUACGGUAACGGCAAUCCCCUGAUGGGAUCUCCGAACGGCCCGCACGGUCAAGAACACAGCUCUGUUCCUUUUCCACCGGCGACGGCGUACGGAGAACGCCCACAGAAUGUUGCCAACCCACCGGCCGUACCCAUGUACCAGCCACCCCGAAAUCACGGUCAUCCGCAAGCGCAUCUGGAAGAAUACGAACAAGGCUACGGCCUGAUAAAUGGACAAUCCCAGGGACAGCAGGGAGUCACAGUGGUGUCCGGCCCGGCGGUGAGUAGUUAUCAUCUCUCGCCAACCGAUUACAAGAACGCGUCGACGGCUGGUUAUUAUUCCAUCCCGCAGAAUUCUGCUGGUACUAACUCCUCAAAUUUCUAUACCCCCGUGAAGACGGAGGAAAAUCCUGCUAGCAACGGUAACGGUUACAUGCGACCGCAAGGCCUCUACAACCUUGUAUCGGCGGCCGAUGUCGUUGGUGGAAGUCCGGCUCAGGGAAGUCCACCGCAACUCAUAGGUCAGAAACGAGGUUUUGUGAGCGAAGAGGAGAACGACGAUUACAAUGUCAACAACUCGAGUCAACCAAGCCCUCCUCUCGCGAUGCACCCUCCAACCCCACUGAGCGGUAUCGCCGUGAGCAACGCCGUGAAUGCCGCCGCCGCCGGAUCCUUUCCAAGCCCGAUGAAUGUGAGCCCAAACUCUUCUCCCGGUAACUCGGCCUUCUCCGGGUGGAAUCAUCAUAGUAAGCGCAUAAAGUACGAAUUCCCAGAGGCCAACACACCAUCGUCCUCCCAAUCUUCACCCAGGAACAACAUAACAGGUGGAUACCAAUUACCAGGUCUAGGAUCCGGUCCAGCGACACCGGGCGCCAACCCAUCCACACCACAGGCCUACACCAGCAGUAACCUGCAGAUGGUGACCAACGCUCAGAGCCCACAUCAUUAUUCCAGUACGACCGGAAACGGGGGUCCAGCCACCGGUACCACCACCCCAACCACCGAAGGUCUGGAUCGUUACCUUGAGCAGGGAGCCGUUUUGCACACUCCAUCGCCCGAUAAUGUCGGCAAUACGCCCGAAGAUUCGAGACGCUACGAACAAUAUCGACAGCGAGAGGACCCACCGGCUACGGAAGAGAUCAACGGUGGGUGGGACUAG